AUGCGGCGCAGUAGAUAUUCCGCAUAUAAUACAGAAAGAUCUUCGUCACAUAUUCAACGAAUAGCUUCAUCAAUAUUUAUAGUAUCAUUCUUUAUUGCCUUCAGUAGCUUACUCUCCAACAAUAACUUUGUUUAUUCACAGCAACAACAACAACCUCAAACAACAUACCUCCCUCAAUGGAAACUCUCACAGCCCAACAUACAAUCAUGUCAAAGCGUGCAAAGCGAUGAGAGUGGUAGUAGCUUCUUCGUGGGUGGAAUGUUUACAUCAAGCAUUCAAUUUAACAGUCCAUCAACAGCUAAACUUUCUACCUCUCUUCAAAGUGAGGCUUAUUUAUUGAGAGCCACAGCAAAUGGAACUGUGGAUUGGGCCUACCAGAUACCCUCAACAGUGAUUAAUUCACAAGUCGUACCAAACCUUCAAUCAACAGAGGUUGUUGCAAUUCGAUCCUUACAAGGCACUGGCUCUCAAUACGUGGCUGUGGGUGUGAUCAAUAGUAACGGAGGAUUGUUCAUUGUAAAGUUUUCGGCCUUUGCCGGUUCAUCCGUAGUUGUCGAUUGGACCAAAGUGAUAAGAGGGGACUAUCUAAGUGUUCAAGAUGUCACUUUUUCAUCGAAUAACAUUGUGGUCGUUGGAUCUUUUAAGGGUAUUGUUACAGUUUCGGACAAUCUAAAUUUGGGAGGAUCUGCAAUCGGCAAUGGUACCAACACGACCCCAAUUACAUCACUUCCAGAGAAUUUAUAUAUUCUUUCAUUUGAUCCUUCGAGUGGAAAUGCUCAGAAUGCAAUGACCAAUGUGAUUGAUAAAACCAAUGAUGCAAAUGUGAAAAUUGUCCCAAAGAGCGUUUAUUUGGACUCUCAAAAUAAUGAAUGCUAUGUGAUUGGGUCCUUUAUUGCUGCGGUUAAUUAUAGGAUUACAUUCAAUAAGCUACCAACUGGUGUUAAUGAUACAACAAACACUGUUACUAUUCAAUCCACUGGUUCUAGAAAUGACUUGUUUGUUUUCAAAUAUUCCUUCGCAAGUAAGGGAAUUUCAUGGAUUACGACUGUUGGUGGUAUUGAUGGUGAUGAAGACGGCACCAAGGUUUACCUUAAUGACAAUCAACAGUUGAUAGUACUAGGAACAAGCACUUCGAAACAAGCCAUCACAUUUGACACACAAAACCGAUUCACAAACACAGUUUCCAGUAGUGCGUGGUCAUUCUUGAUUGUUUACACAUCAAGUACGGGUGCUGUUUCACAAGUAAUCCCAAUAGGAAGGGAUGAUCCCAAUGCAAUAUUGAGGGCAAAUAAUUUUCUCGUCAAAAAUAAUGUGCUCACGAUUGGUGCCUCUUUUAAAGGAACUGUGACUUUGCCUGGGGGUAGUUCUAUUUCUGCCAAUUCUAUGAAUUUGGCCUUUUUACAAUUUCCAAGCACAACAUUUAAUUCUGUAUCUCAAUAUGUGACAUAUGCUUCAAAUCAAGAUUCUACUAUGACUGAGUUUGCCAUUGUUAGAAAUCAGGAGGUUGAUGUCUUUUAUGUUGGAGGUUCAUUGAAUGGAGGAGAAAGUUUUUUAACGUACUUAAUACCUGUUUUCAGCUUUACUUUUGAGGUAGACUCUCCAAAAAGCUUACUGGCCUUGGAUUCAUCCAGUGGCGACUCCAUCACAACGACAAUUAACUUACGGCUAUUGAACAAACCAGCCACAAUCAACGCUGAUCCAAAUAUGGUCUUUAUUUAUCCAGGACGCACACAAUAUCCUCUCACAAAGUCUGAUACUCUCUAUUCAGUUGCCAAUGUAAAAAUUUCCAAAGACAUGGCAAGUGCAGGAAAGGUUGGAGUUGAGGUUUGGAAUUUUGCUAAUCAAUACUUGGCAAUUUUUGCAACCUAUGCCAAUUUAUCCAUUCCUUUUAUUUCCAAACAAUACUUUGAGCUUACAGGUCAUGCAUCUGUGGUUAAUCAACAAGAUCUCAUUUUAACUCAAGUUGUGCUUAAUAAUGCAAAUUUGGAUAUUCAGAACGUGUACAUUAACAUCAGUAAUGUCAUGUCACCUUUGCAAAAAGAUGCCUCUGGAAAGGUCUUUGCUCCUUUGAUUACUGGUGCCACAAUGCCAAAAGGUGUUCAAAAUGUGAAUAUGGCUCUACAGCAAGGACCUAAUUCAUUUGUGAAUAUGUCCCUUAAUGCCAUCAACGUAUACUUCUUUAAUCCUUCCAGCCCUCUCAUUCUUUCUCCCAUACAAACUACAGCAGUCUUAGUCUAUGACAACACCGAAAACAAUGCAGGAAAAUUUUGGAAUGUCACAAUUGAUUUUGGAAACGAAUUGAACGAUCCGUCAGUAUUGCAAAGCUAUGUGAGUCCAAACAAGUUGUGUUGUCGCUACAAUGGAGCUGUGUAUGCAGUUUCCAUUAUCAAACCGAACUCAAUUUUUACAUGCUCUGUUCCAAUAAGUAAUACAGAGGUUGCAAACUCGGUUUUGAAUCUAUGUUAUCAGUUCAAUGCUACCUACGCAUUUGAUAUCUCUUCUCCAAUUUCAAGUAAUAUUGUUACAUUUGAGAAGAAAAAGUUGAUAUUUGCCAACUCUGAAACUUCAAGUGUGAAUUUAGAUGUAAUUGAUAAGCAAUACUCAUCACAGUCCACCUUCCCAGUCACAAGUCUGUUCCUUGAUAAUUGGAGUCGUAUUAAUCGUAAUAAUCUUCCAUUUUCCCAAUUAGACCUAAGAAUCCAGCAGCAAUAUCCACAACAAAAUUUGGUGUAUAACCCAAUUUCAAGUAUUGCAGCAAUAUCUUUUCAACUUUCAUCAGUGAAUAUGCCUAAUAUUCCUGCAAACAAUGUCAUUGCUCCAUUUGCUAAUGUAACCGUUACAUUGACUUUCAAUAAGACCACUGAACUCACAAACAACAUAACGGUCUAUUACUUGAGGUAUAACGAAUUUACUGGUUUUCAAAACUUUUUAACAGGCAAUGGAAGUAUCUCUGUGGUCAUGAAUAUGAAGUAUGAAAUUCCAACUUCUUUCUUACCUUAUAUUUUCUGCAUUUUUAACAGUAGAAUCUCAGAUUUGGUUCCUCUCACCAAGUUAAACUACAAAAACUUGACAGAAUUCGCAUGUCAAUACAACAACCCAGAAUCCUUGCAAAAUUCCACUAUUCAGUUGAUAUUGAAUUACAACAAGAUGCCAACAGGUGGUAAGGCGCUUACAGACAAUGUAUCCCUUCGUGGGAGUGUUGGAGGACUUCCUCGUGUUCAAUUCCUCAUUGACCAAACAGUCAGUGUGGCUGGAGUUAAUCGAGUAAUUAUGGCACGAAUUACAACACCAAGUUCUCAAUUGAUUACUCUGCUCAAGAAUAACAUCUGGAUUGAUUUGAAUGGUGUGAAGUAUUUUGCAAGUCCCGAUCAAUUGACUGACGGACUAUUCUAUGUUCCAUUAAUUUCUAGCAGCGUUGGAUGGAAGGAUCUAACGGUCUACACAAAUAUCAAUAGUGGAAAAUAUGAAUUGUUGGGAACACAGCCGCUUAAAAUAUUUUUCUUCGAUCCUCAAAUUCAAAUUCAAGCAAGUUACAAUAAUGGAUCCUUGGUUGUGUACUCACCACAACAGACUUUAUUGCCCAGCUUCGACAUUAAUCUUCAAGGUUUUGAAAUUCCAUAUUCACAGAUAUUUCCAAGCAAUGUUUGUUGCAAUGUUUUUGGAACAAAUUAUCCAGCAGUAUUUUCAAGUAAUACUUCACUCAAAUGCGCCGGAGUGACAAUAUUGAAGGAAGGAGAAACAGAUAUUUACGUGUCAUAUGUGGUGAACUCCACAUUCGCUUUAAACAUUUCCAAGCGAGCAUCUCUCUCCGUAAUCUCUAAAAGAGGAGUGACAUUUGGUGGUAAUGAAUUUGAAUAUACUGCUCUCAAGAUGAACAAUCAGUCCGAUAACAAUUCAUUGAUUGUGCAAUCUACUCCAUGGAAUCUUGCUCUUUACAACUUUGCUUUGAAUAUUGACAGCUCUUUAUUCAAGACAUUCCCAACACUGGAUUCUGUUGAUAAUUUUAAUUUCAAGAUUAGCGAUGGUGACACUGCUCUGCAAUAUUUCACACCUCCCAUAGUCGUCAAGCCAACAAAACUAUCUCCUCCGCUUAUUUAUGGACAGAUUAACUUACCUCUCAACAGAAACUUAUUGAGAUUGAAUGUGUCAUUGAUAUUGAAGAAUGCUCCAAAUGAUGAGUUGAGUUUAUCUCCUCUUUCUAUUGUGCUCUUCAGACAAUCUCUCUUGAACUUCCAAUCACAGAGAGUGAUAUCCAGUGGUGCCUUGCUUGUCAGUACCCAAAAACCAUUUUCUCAACCAAAUGGAAUUGUAUCGCCAACAGAGCAAUUAUUAUUGGAUCGAUUGUAUUGCCAAUUCUACGAUGAAGGAAAUUUGAAUCCUUUAUUUGUUAGAGCAACCAGUACGAAUGGUCUUUCCAGUGCACUGACUUGCACAGCGCCACCCAUUGACUGGAAUUCUACAUUAAGAAAGUUUGCUCGACUCGUUUUGAAUGGCAGUCCUGAUGCAUUGACCUCAGUCGUGUCAAGUACGCUAAUCAUUAACAACUCGACCACAGAUGCACAGGUCUAUCCAAUGUAUUGUAACAUGAUUCCACAUUAUACAACUAGUGUGUGCUCCGGAAGAGGUGUUUGUACUAAAACAAACACCUGUACUUGCCAACAGAACUACUUGGGGGAUAAUUGUGAGAAGACCACCUGUUUUGGAGUCCUUUCUACAGACCCAUUGAGCUGCACUGGUCAAGGACAAUGCACGCUCUUCAAUAACUGUGUUUGUAGAGAUGGUAGUUAUGGCACCAUGUGUGAAAAUCAAAUACUGUUCGUCUCCAAAGACAAGACUAUCCUUACCAGUAACAGGAACUUGGCCAAAAGACUAACCUAUGCUCAGUUUUAUUCCUAUGUAGUCAAUUCAGGUUCAGACGUCACCAAGUUGCCAUGCAGUGAUAUAUUUCCGGCAACUUCUUUGACAUUGAUCAUUGGAGAGACCACUUCCAGCUGCUUCACGAAUCAGCAAAGAGACGUUAUCCUCUUCACUCCAAAUACUUGGAUCAAGAAUAAUACAAUAAUUCCAGCAUUUAACAAUGUGAAAUACUAUGUAUUGGACCCUGAUACGACACCAAAACUCGAUUCUGAAACAGCCAUUGCAACAUCCACUGCUGUACUCACACCUACAAGUUCUUCUUUUCCUGUAGUGUUGCAAGCUAGCUCAAAGAAUUUAUCUCCACUAUCAAAGUUAGAGUAUAGAUGGUCUGCUGAUCAAAAUACUGAGCUCUCGAAUUUCCUCUCUGCAUAUACGAAUCAAAUGAUUGUGAAGAUUCCAGUAACCAAGUUGAACAGAAGAUUGAGAAGUUUACGACAACAGCUUUCUUCCAUUCCAUUCAUACUGAACGUAGUAGACCUCGUAUUUAACACUUCAACAACAGUUAAAAUGUCUUAUCAGCCCCAAUUAAGUACAUCUUCAAGUCCAACUUCUGUCUUUACGUAUGGAAAGAAUCAAAUUACUUGCUCUGAAAUGGAUACAUGUCUUGUUGAAUUGAAUGAGGCACCACAGAAAGGUUCAAUUAUUGACUACAAGGUGACAGGAACCAACACCAAUUUGAAGUUCAACACUUCAUACCAACACUCAUUCAAAGCGUCCAAAAUAUUUAGAUCCCAAAAUUCAAUUCAAAACAAUGAUGUUCAAUGUAUCACUGCCUCCUCUCAAAGAAGUGCAAGCAAUACCAAGACUGAUAUUUGUGUUCGGUUCUUCUCACAAAGACCCACAGAGUACUAUAUUGAAUCCAAACGAGAUGGUCUUUCCAGCAAGUAUUCUUUGAGAUUGAUACGAUUUAACCCUAUUGCACAAACACUUGAAUAUCCUACUUUCGAUUCAACAAGCAAUAUUUUAUGGAAAUGUUUUUACAGUACAGAUAACGUGAAUCGAUUGAGUUGCGAUUCACUUUUUCAGAGAAAUAUUGCAGACGGUUCUGUGUAUGGUUUAUCUGGAUCCACUGAGCUCACGAAUUCUACAAUCCAGUUGAGCGCAUCAAUCAAUGGAACAAAUGCAACUGAUGUGAAAUUCACCAAUACCAAUUCAAUCCAUGCCGAACUAUUGAGCAUUGUUCCUAGUAUUGUUGGUUUUGGAAAAGGUAAAUCCUUACCAUUGAAUGCGGUAGUGACAAGUUCCAAACCAAUCUCUAGUGUUAGUUUUAGCAUUUGGAAGAAUUCAACAUCUCAGGUUAUGAACAAUAAGAUUUUUACCACUCUAUAUCAAUCAUCUGACAUGAAAUUUAUUUCAUCAACUCUUGAUAUUUCACAACUCGACACUGGCAUGAAAUACACCAUUAGAUUUGAGGCUAAAAACUUUGAUCAACAAGUUGCAUUUGUUGAAAAACAAUUUUCAAUUCAACUUGAACCUCCUUCUCCAAGGUGUAAAAUUUAUCCAAAAGAAGGAAUUGCAUUUGAAACUGAAUUCACCAUUUCAUGUUUCUCAGACUCUUCCUAUGACGAUGUUAAUAUAGCUCAAUAUGGGUUUUACCUUUCCAAUGACACCUCUGAGGUUGCUCUAUCCUCUUCAACAAAGAAAUCUUUUUUCACAAGAUUGCCUUACAUGGAAAAUCCAAAGUUGAAAAUAGUCAUUCAGGAUGUCUGGAAUGGUUUCACAACUUUGUCUAUUCCAGUGAAAUUAACACAUCCACUUGGAAAUAGUACACCUGAUUCAUUGAUAAACACCCUUCUCAACGAAGACUCCUCACAACAAUCCAUUGGUUUGGACAUUGAAAAUUCAUGUUAUUCUUUGGCAAGCUCACUUUCAGAUAUCUCUAAAUACCCUCAAUUAUUCCUUCCAAAAUUGAGUACCUUUGUGCAACAUGCAAAAGAAAGUGAAAUUUAUUCCAUGGACAAGGUAUUGAAGAUGGUGGACUCGUUCAUUUCAAAGAGUGUCUUAUCAGAUUCCAGCAAUAUUGACUACUUGCUAAACAUUUUGGACAAUGCUUUGAGCGUAUUCAUACUUCGAAAUUCACACAGCACAAGUGCCUACUUUAAGGAUUCUGAGAUUGUUAUCAUUUCAAAAUUAUUGGAUUUGUUGUUGCCAUUGUUAAACCCCAAAAUUCAAUAUCAAUUCCUGAUCAAGUACAAACAAGCACUAUUUAAGGACAGUGUGAGUGAUGAUCUUUGCAGAAGCUCAUUGUUGGAUUCCACUCGAAUCACAUUAUCUUCAAUUACGAAUCCAAGUGCAACAUCUACAUUUAAUAAUUACAUGGUCUUGAAGAAUAACUUGUAUGGAGAUGAUUCCUUCAAGAAAUCCAGUUCAUUAUCUAUUCCAUCGCAAGGUAUUAAUAUCAACUUGGCCUCUCUUUUUGACACAAACUCUAACGCUUCAUCAUUCGAUUUAUAUGAGAUUGAACUAGUGUUACAAAAGCAAAUGACCAAGACAAGGUCAUCACUAUCAGCUUCUUUAACGAGUACUCAAAUUAUUCACUUCAAUGUUAGAAAGAAUGGGCAAGGACUUGUUUCAAUUCUGAGUAGCAAUGCACCAUCAGUGAAUAUCACAUUUACGAUCGUACCUUCUGCUUUACCAAAUAAUUAUGUUCCUCAAUGCAAAUUAUUUACCUCCUACGAUCAAGUGCAGUUCAAUCAAGAUCAAAAUUUAACAACAAUCUAUGCAGCUGGCUCCGAUCAAGUGACAUGCUCUGUUAAGACAUCCGAUUUAGGAGGAAGUAUCUAUGUCACUAGCGUUCCGGUCUAUAUUCCAGUACCUCCAACGAAUUUAAAUGGUGGUGACAAUGCCUUAUUGGUCAUUAUUUUAUGUGUCGUAUUGGCAAGCUCUUGUGUGAUUUAUGCUUGCAUGUUGAUCAUGUGCAUAUUCGGUGUGAGAAUUGUCAUGAAAAGAAGAAGAGAAAAUGCUGCUGGAGCAGCCAGUGCUGUUUCAUCACCAACUGGUUAUGGUUACAAGCCAGCCAUGCAAACUUCUCCAAAUACAGUCUCAGACCAAACGACUACCUCCUCAGAUGAUAAGAUUGAAGUGGAUACUAGCUCAACAGAGAAUCAUAACGAUCACAAUGUCAUUCAUUAUGGCAAUGCUGUUCAAGAAAAAUCACGCCCAAGUGAUCUUCUGAAUGGGCAGUAUCAACUAUUAGAAUUUAUUUCAGGAGACGAGUAUGAGAAUGUGUACAAGGCAAAAGAUUUGGUGAAUAACCAAAUUAUUAUCAUUAAGAGAAUCAACUUUAUUACAUUUGACGAAUCCAAUGCUACCAGAGAAUAUUCGAAUUUAUCAAAGGUGACUCAUCCUCAUGUGAUCCGUUUGUACGAAACAUUUAUUGAUACAGAUGACAAAGCAAUUUGUAUGGUUUUGGAUUAUUGCCCUUACGGAGAUUUAAGACAAUUAUUGGAAUCAAGAAGAGAAAAUGGAGCUCGCUUUGAACAAUGGGAAGUUGUGAGUAUAUUGAAGCAGAUUUCACAAGCACUGGCCUGUAUUCAUGAUCAACACAGCUUGUGCCAUACAGCUGUCAAAUUGUCGAAUAUAUUUAUUAAGGAAAUGUCAAAGGAGAAAAUAGUUGUAUGUUUAGGAGAGUUCGGUCACUCAAGAUCUCGUCACUCUCUAAAUCUUACUCUUGCAAAAUCACCAGAGGACCCAGAAAGCUUUAAACCUUCAUCUUCCUUGAAUGACCGAUUUGGAAAUUUCUCGACAGCAUUCAGACAAUCCACAAGUUCCUAUUCUGAUGCAUUCACUGCAACUGACAUUUUCGAUUUUGGUGUUUGUCUUUAUCAAUUACUAACCAUGGACACUUCCAUGAACAUUUCACAACUACACGAAGAGGCAGAAUACGAAAGUGAAUUCUUCAAAACAUUGGAAUUAAUUAUUGAAAAGAAAGGUUUUGAUUACGAUCAAGAAUUGAUUGCCAUUGUGCUCUCCAUGUUGGCAUUGGAUGUCAAAAAGAGACCAACAGCAUCAAAAGUCAUUCAAAUGAUCGACAAUGCUCAUUUCGAAAAGAGUAUGACAUUGUAA